GGAGCGGCGCCCCGGGGGCCGCGCUCCUCCGGUAACGCGGUACCCUGCGUUCCGGGAAGGCGGUGAAGCUCUAUCUCGCGGUACGUAGCCGCGCGUCUGCCACCUAACAGCGCUUCUAGAUACACCUGCAGUGCUGUGCUGCAAAUUUCAAGCAGAGAUUUGUGCAGAAAGCAGGUAACCUGAAGAACUGACCGGUCUGGUUCACGCUCCCUUUCAGUUACCGAGAGAUUCUUGUGAACAACAUAGUAGCUGAUCUGCAAUUCCAGUGAUUACCCUUCUGUUACUGUUUCUGGUUACCAUAGGCUGACAUCCGUCUCAAAAGUUUAGAGACUGCUCUGCAUCAUGAUUCCUCUCAUCUCAUCUCAACUGUAUCCCUAAUAUACACGAUCAGUCACUGAAUAAAAUAUAUUAUGUAUGUUGUUUUUUUCUUUUUUCCUUCCUCUCUCUCUCUCCAUAGGAGAUAUUUUAAACCUACAGGUCUAUUAUCCUUGGGAGUUCCUUUCCAGCUCUCCUUGCAGAACAGUUGUUUUCCCAUUAAUGACAUCUGGAGUUACCUACUGGGUGAUCAAGUGUUUGCAGCAGCUGGAUGUAUGGUCAAGUUGCAUCAACAGCUACACCCUUCUUGUAUCACCUCGCCUUCUCUUUACAAUCUUUUCUUUCAUACUUGACUAUAGUGUAUAUCGAAUAGCUCCUUUCUGGGAAGCAGAUCCAUGGAAAGCACUGGUACUUCUUGCUGGAUCACAUGUCACGCUGGUGUUUUAUACAAGAACAUUUACCAAUACACUUGAAGGACUAUUGUUUGCUCUUCUGAUGGUAUUGGUUUCCUCAAGAAGAUCUGAUGGCAACUUAGCAAAGCCUACAAGUAGCCAUCUUAUAGGAAUUACAACAGUUGCUGGGUUUUUCAACAGGCCAACUUUCCUGGCAUUUGCUCUAAUGCCACUGCUUUAUUGGGUGAGUUUAAAUAUUCACUCUCAAAACAGCAUUAAAACUGUCAUAAACCACUUUUUGAAGCUUGUCCCAUGUGCAUGCUUUACUGCUAUUUCUUUUAUAACGGCUGACACUUUGUAUUUUACCUCCACGGGAUUAGACAGCCUCUUCAGCGUUAAAAAGAACAGCCUAUUUGAUAUAAUAGCUCAAUUAAAUCAGAAAAUAAUAGUAACCCCUUUAAAUUUUCUCCACUAUAAUCUUAAUCCUCAUAAUCUUGCACAGCAUGGAAGUCACCCACGAGUUACACAUUUUAUGGUCAAUGGGAUAAUGCUCUUUGGGAUCCUACAUAUUCUAGCCAUCAGUGCUAGUUUUAAGAUGUUAAAGAAAUAUAUCUAUAUAUUACCACAGAUCAAGUCGUAUUAUCAGGGAUCAUCCAGGAUAUUAACACAUUCUGAGGGCAACCCAAUAUUACUGUUGUUUUACUUUGUUCCUUUGGCAUUUCUCUCCCUCUUCAGCCACCAAGAACCUCGGUUUCUCAUUCCUCUCAUCUUACCAUUAGUCCUGUUCAGCACUUCACAGAAUAGAGCUAUGAAGUGGAAACCUGUCAUUAUUAUUUUCAAUGUUCUUGGGGCUUUGUUGUUUGGAUGCUUACACCAGGGAGGACUGAUACCAUGCUUGUUUCACUUGGAACAACUCAUGCAUUCUCCAGAGUCCUCAAACCAUUCAGGACGCUACAUUCUACUCUUUGCUCACACCUACAUGCCUCCUAGGUCUCUGCUCAAUAUCAAGAAAAGAGACACACAUAUCGAAGUAAUUGAUAUGGCUGGAUCUGAAGAAGAAACGCUCUGCCAAACAGUAGGACAGCAAACAAACAAUUUUACCUGCAAUGACUGUCAUUUUUUUGUUAUAAUCCCUGGUACGGUCAGAGCCACAAUUGCAAAAUGUGGUGUCUCAUUCAAGAAUGAGACUUUAAUAUUUCCACACUUAUCAAUGGAAGAUCCACCACAAAUAUCCUUUCUAUUUAGUGAAAAUUGGAGAAGUCAGUUAGGACUAUACAUCCUCCAACUAGGCAAAGAUCAACGGAGUCUUUAGACUUUAGGAGAACUAUGUUUUAGUUUUUCAAUUCACUUUGGCUCUGCCCGAAAGUGCUGCAAGACCUCUCUCUUGACGAAUUCACAUUCCGCACAGAUAGUGUCAUUGUGAGCUCCCCUUAUUCUCUUUAUUCCUUUUCUUCUUGUUCCUAUAUUCACCAGUGUAGUCAGUUCUCGGUAGAACUUGCUUAAAAUUUGAGGGCCAUUCAGUUCUUGUGAAGUCUUAUGAACUUGUGUAACUUUCCUAAUGAAAGAAGUCAGAACUCACCAAAACUUCGAUUCAAGCUUAGUUCUCUUCACGCAACUGUAUUUUUGAAUUUCUUAUAAUCUUUGCUAGAAGGCUUGUAGGUUAUGUUUCUGCUGCUGUUAUUAAUUUGCAUUUACUCGGCUGCUAGGGAGAGGGCACUGGACUAGAUAGAAGUUGCUCUGACCCAAAACGGUUGUAGUUUUAGGCUCUUAAAAAUUCAGAGCCUCCUCUCAGUCAUUAGACCAGACUGCAGUCGUAAUAUAGGUACCAGUAUUGUAAUAAUGUCUGAUGAGGUGCCUAG